AUGCGAGAUCAGUUCAAGGUGAACGUCAUUGCCGUGGAGUAUCCCGGCUAUGGGCUACUGCAAGGCAUCGAGCCCGCCGAGGAGACCAUCUUCGAAGUCGCCCUUACGGUGUUCAGAUAUCUCGUGGAUGACUUGCGAGUCAGCUAUUCUUCUGUGAUCGUUUUCGGCCGAUCCUUGGGAAGUGGCCCCGCGAUCUUUUUGGCAUCCCAGUAUCCCCUCGGCGGCAUGAUACUGGUGUCGCCAUUCAUUUCUAUUCGCGCUGCUGCCAAACAUAUUGGUGGCAGAAUAGUGGCCUUCAUGUUCAGCAAUAUCUUCCAGAACCACAAGAGGAUGGUAAAUGUCUCGUGCCCGGUGCUAUUUAUCCACGGUGCCAGCGAUUCCCUGAUACCCGUGGAACACUCGAAGACGCUGUUUAGCCUCUGCCGAUCUCGCAAGCUUCUAGUCACUCCAGCGAAGAUGGAUCACAACAGCAGCAUGUUCAGUGAUCCGAAUGCUUUUGCCGUGCCUGCCAUACACUUCUUCGGCUUCCCCGGAUGGCGCACGCUGACACCGCCCUUCAUGCCCUUCGAUCUUUUCGAG